CUGUUUACAAACAUUUAGUGUAUAUCAAUAGGACAGUUUUUAACGCGUUAAUGCUCUAUCCAGAGAGAAGCGAAGCGAGCAGCGUUGCUAGAUCGUUAGUCUAUUCAACCUGGACAAAAGUCCAUUUUAAAAAAUUGAUCCGACCCUAAAUUACUUUCAACCCAUUAAAACUACCCAUGACACCCUGUCUUGUAGGUCAGUUCAAAGUUGACUAUAAAUAGUGCUAGACGUCCUUAGUUACAAUGCUGUGAACAGUUUCCUGAAUUUUAUCAAUCAUUAUUCGGUUUCUGGAUUACUUUAAAAAGUUCUGAAUUAUGGAAGUAAAUGAGCCAGAUGCCCAUGUGCUGCUCAGUUUCAAGUUGCAAGAUGACUCAUGUACUUGCACAGGACAUGAAAAAAAAAAUAAGUUUCUUUUCCUUUCCAAAAGAGACAAAUUUAAAAAAUAUAUGGAUUAAGAGAUGCGAUAGAAAGGGUACCAUGACAGCAAAAAGACCGCGCAUAUGUUCGUUGCAUUUCCGUUCAGAAGAUUUUAAAAGAGACUUACAAUCUGAAUUACAAAAUUUGCCACCAAAACUAAUAUUAAAGAAAGGAGCCUUACCUUCUUUAAAUUUAGGCAAAUAUAAUUUAGAAGAAUGUGCGGUUGAGACUGAAAGAACAGAAAAUGAUGAUUCUGCAAGAACAACAGGCGUGCCACAGCUUAAAUUAAUACUACUGAAUUUACAUGAAGAAGUAAAUGUGUCCUCCAAUACAGUUGUUACCAAUGUAGAAGACAAAGACGAGCGAAUUAUAUUGUUGAAUGCAGAAAAUCUUAGGCUGAAAAAAACAAUUAUGCAGCAACAGUUGACAAUUAACAAAUAUAGGAAGAAAAUAAAUUCCCUGCAGACGGAAAAUCGUCAACAAAAACAAUCUAUUUCUUUAUUGAAAAGCAAGCAUGUUGAGAAGAAGGUACAAGAUCAAUUUAAAAACAUUUUUACCCCUAAACAACUAGAAGUAAUAUUAAAAAAUAAAAAGAUUGUUCACUGGCAAGAAGAAGACAUUACAAGAGCUUACACAAUUAGAUACUUUAGCAAAAACUGCUACAAUUAUUUGAGAGACGAACUGCAUUAUCCCCUACCUGGUAUUUCAACUCUUCAAAGCUGGGCUGCAAAGCUAAAAAAAACAAGUACAUAAAAAUGUGUAUUAAUGCAUAUAUUUGUUAAUAAAUUUUUGUUGUUUUUA